AUGUUUGUGGCCAUUCUGGUGGGCAUCAACUCGUCGUCAGGACCGACGACACAGCCUGGUGAUCUCUCACCACCGACUCAUGAUCUACCUCGAUUGGAAGAGCUUUGCCACGGCCGAGCAAACUGUGUGGACAUACUCUAUGCGCCUGUCACUUUGGCUACCAAAGAUCUGGUCGCCAGAGUGGUCGAGGGUGCCAAGGUUGAACGCGGCGUCUCGCUCGUGGCGAGUGGCGUCGCCGAUGAGACCGCCCUGACUCGUGCCCUUGCCGAUAAUCCUGCUCUUUGGGGCGGCGUCUCGUUUGGGGUCGUGGACAAGAGUUCCUUUGAGUAUGUCAUCCAUACCUACUUGUACGGGAUGAGGCAUAGCCAGCUCAACUCGUCUCCGCCGGAUCAGAGCGACGAGGCCCAGGUGGCCGGCACGCUCGACUCGGGCUAUGCCUCGCUGCAGAUUGCGCUCCUCGAGGCGUACACGAGCAUGGCGAGUGGCGUGCCGCUGGUGCUCAACGCCCGCGUUCAGGCGCUACCGUCCAAGGGAUCGGUCGAUCCGGGCCAGGGCUCGUACUUUCUCUGGCCGUACUACUGGACCUUCUGCUUUGCCUACGUCACCAUUUUUGCCGCUAUCGGGUACAUCAAGGAAAAGGAGGACGGAACACGGGCGGCGCUCACGGCAGCCGGCAUGAUGGACUCGGCGUACUGGUUCGCACAGCUGAGCGCCGAUCUGGCGGUGCUGAUUGUUACUGCGCUUGCGUUUGUGGCUGCCCUCUACGCGCUAUCCAUCGUCAAGCACGCCUCGUUCGGCGCCUUACUUGUUGUCGUCCUCCUUUUUGGCAUCUCACAAGUCUUUAUUGCGCUUGUGGUCUCGACCAUUGUCUCGUCGCGGCGAACGGCGUCGGCGGUCCUCACCGCAGCGCUUGUUGGCUCGAUCCUUGUCUACGUCCUCGGGGAGCAGUUUGUCCUCUCCAAGGCCGAGGUCUCAUGGUUCUUCAAGAUCCUUGUUCUCCUCGUGCCGGCCACGCCGUUUGGCCACUUUGCGCACCUCAUGAGCCGGAUGGAGGAGCACGGCGCGGCGUUCUCGUUCUCGGCGGCGGGCCUCCAUUCGUCGCACGCGACGUCGCCAGUUUCGAUGACGACCUGCCUCGAGUUUCUGGCACUCGACGCCGCGCUCCUUCUGCUCGUCGGCUUGUAUCUUGACCAAGUGCUCCCAGCCGACCACGCGCCGCGGCGGCCGUUGCUCUUCUUCCUCUCGCCCAAGUUUUGGUGGCCGGGCUCGCCAAUCGGACUCCUCAACCCGCCGGAUCCACUUGGCGGCUCGCUCAACUCUGAGGCCGCGUCGCUGCUGGCCUCGGGUCACGAGGUGCCUGUCCGCCUCCGGGCUCUCCGCAAACAGUUCCGCAAGGCUGGCAAGCCGUUUGUUGCCGUCAACGACGUUGAUCUCAGCGUCCGAGCCUCGGAGAUUACCACGCUGGUCUCGAUGAUUAUGGGCACGCUUGCGCCGAGUGGUGGCGACGCGUGGCUCUGUGGUGUUCCGCUUGCCCACGCGCUCUCGUCGGGAGUCCGGCUCGGUGUGUGCGCACAACAAGACCGGCUGUACGACCGUCUCACCGCGUCCGAGCACAUGGCGCUGUGGUUGGCGAUGCGGCCGUCAGCAGUGCCUGUUGGCGGCGAGCCGCUCGAGGCAGCCAGCCUGCUCUCCGACGUCGGCCUCGACGCGCUUCCCAACCAGGCUACCGGCACGUACUCGGGCGGACAAAAGCGCAAGCUCUCGCUUGCACUAGCGUUUGUGGGCAACCCGUCGAUUGUGCUCCUCGACGAGCCGACGUCGGGCAUGGAUCCGGCGGCGCGCCGCUCUGUCUGGGCCCUGCUCCAGCGGUACAAGGCCGGCCGCGGCAUCUUGCUCACCACCCACUACAUGGACGAGGCCGAGCAGCUCGGCGACCGCAUUGCAGUCAUGAUGCACGGUGAGCUGGUUGUCACCGGGACGACUGUUCACCUCAAGGCCCACUUUGGCGUCGGCUAUCUGCUCACCCUCCAGCAGCGCGGCUCGGGCGAUGGCGACGCGCUACGGGCCGUGGUCAUCGAGCACGUGCCCGGCGCGAUGGCGGUCCCGCGACUGGGUUCAGCCAGCGAUCUUGUGUUCCGGCUUCCCACAGCGCACAUCCGCGCCUUUCCUCUCCUCCUCGACAAGCUCGAGGCGCUUGUUGCGCAGCGUAACUCUCCGCUGGCCGCCUACGGCCUCGCGCUCUCGACGCUCGAGGAGGUCUUUCUCAAGGUCGCGGCGCAGCAUGCUGCCGAGCGUGGGGCUAACGAGUAAGCUGUGUAGUAGCUGUGGCACACGCG